AUGGUUGUAUGGUGUGCUGUCAAUCAAGUGAAGUUUGUCUUGUCUGUGGUAAAUAUUAUCACAAAUUGUGCUUUGAAUAAAAAUGCCAGUACUGAAAUUAUUGACGAUAUUGAAGAUUUAAUAUCGUCUCAGGACAUAACACCGAAAGAAAGAUAUUCGAGCAGAAAGAAUGUGAAUGCUAGGACGAAAAAACGGGAAGUGAAAACUACCGAACCCGUCGAAAAGGUUAUACUGGAAAGUGUUGUUCCAGGCACUCAAACAAUAUAUGUGAAGACAUGGGGCUGUGCUCACAACAACUCCGACUCGGAGUACAUGGCGGGCCUGCUGGCGGCGCACGGGUACCCGCUCACAGAAGACAAGUGGCAGGCACAGCUGUGGCUGCUCAACUCUUGUACUGUGAAAAGUCCUUCGGAAGACCACUUCAAAAAUGAAGUGGAGCUGGGCCGCAGUAGAGGCAUACAUGUGGUGGUGGCAGGGUGCGUGCCGCAGGGCGCUCCCCGCGCCGGUUACCUGCAGGGGCUCAGCGUGGUUGGCGUUCAACAAAUCGAUAGGAUUGUGGAGAUUGUAGAGGAAACACUCAAAGGACACACAGUCAGAUUAUUUGGUCAGAGGAAAACUGAGGAAGGUCGGAAAGCAGGUGGGGCGUCCUUACUCCUCCCCAAAGUACGGAAGAACCCUCUCAUAGAGAUCAUCCCCAUCAACACAGGGUGCCUCAACCAGUGCACCUACUGUAAGACGAAGCAUGCCAGGGGAGAACUGGGCAGCUAUCCCCCAGAGGAGAUUGUGGAGAGAGCCCGACAGUCAUUCAAAGAAGGUGUCUGCGAGAUAUGGCUUACUAGUGAGGAUACAGGAACAUACGGUAGAGACAUUGGUUCAUCUCUCCCUGAGCUGCUGUGGAGGCUGGUGGAAGUGAUCCCUGAGGGUUGCAGGCUGCGGCUGGGCAUGACGAAUCCACCAUACAUUCUAGAGCACCUCGAACAAGUUGCAAAGAUCAUGCAUCAUCCAAGGGUUUACAAGUUCCUACACGUUCCGGUGCAGUCUGGCAGUGACCAGGUGCUGGCAGACAUGAAGCGGGAGUACACCAGGGCAGAUUUCGAGAGAGUUGUAGACUUCCUCAGAGAGAAGGUACCCAGCAUGACCAUCGCGACCGACAUAAUCUGCGGAUUCCCGACCGAGACGGAACAGGAUUUCGAGCAGACAAUGUCUUUAUGCGACAAGUACCGUUUCCCGUCGCUGUUCAUCAACCAGUUCUUCCCCAGGCCCGGCACCCCUGCAGCCAAGAUGACCAGGGUACCAGGCCAAGAAGUGAAGAGGCGGACCAAAAUACUAUCAGAGCUGUUCCGCUCAUACGAACCGUACGGACAUAAACUGGGCCAAACACAAGAUGUACUUGUAACAGAUAUAUCCCACGACAAAAAUUAUUACGUCGCGCACAACGAGUUUUACGAACAAGUAUUAGUGCCCAAAGACGAUAAAUAUAUGGGCAAAAUGGUCACAGUUCAAAUAACGAACGCCACGAAAUUCUCUAUGGUCGGAGAGCCAAUAGACAAACCCAAGAUGGCGGGGUUGACGGCGCCGUUAAAGAAAGGAGAAGUGUCCGGUGUCUAUGCUACGAGGACAGAUAAAGUGUCAGUGCCUAUACCAAUAUUUGUGUUACUGUUUGCAUUAUUGUUAAGAGUUAUUUGGAUAUUUAUGUAGCGAUAGUAAAUAUAUUU